AUGGACGAUCCCCUAAAGGUCAUUAAAGUGACCGCUUCUGACGGCAAAACUGGAGAACAAAGAGAAUUGAGCUACACCAACUGUAAAGUGAUCGGAAAUGGUUCUUUCGGUGUUGUUUUCCAAGCAAGACUCGUAGCAGGAGGAAAUGAUGUUGCUAUCAAGAAAGUCUUGCAAGAUAAACGUUUCAAAAAUCGAGAAUUGCAGAUCAUGCGUAUCGUUGCACAUCCAAAUGUCGUCGAUCUCAGAGCCUUUUUCUAUUCCAACGGAGAUCGCAAAGAUGAAGUUUUCCUCAAUCUCGUUCUGGAAUACGUUCCAGAGACUGUGUACCGGGCCUCAAGACAUUACGCAAAGUUGAAGCAAACCAUGCCAAUGCUCUUGAUCAAGCUGUACAUGUAUCAAUUGUUGAGAAGUUUGGCUUACAUUCACAGCAUCGGAAUCUGCCAUCGUGAUAUCAAGCCUCAAAAUCUGCUAUUGAAUCCCACAACGGGAAUCUUGAAAUUGUGCGAUUUCGGAUCUGCCAAAAUUUUGGUUGCAGGAGAACCAAAUGUCAGUUAUAUCUGCUCGCGGUACUAUCGUGCACCGGAAUUGAUCUUUGGCGCAACAAAUUACACCACAUACAUUGACAUCUGGUCAACAGGAUGUGUGAUGGCAGAAUUGAUGCAAGGACAACCUUUGUUCCCUGGAGAGAGUGGUAUCGAUCAAUUGGUGGAAAUUAUCAAAGUUUUGGGAACACCGACGCGUGAACAAAUCAAGACAAUGAAUCCAAACUACAUGGAGCAUAAAUUCCCUCAAAUACGACCUCAUCCAUUCACAAAAGUGUUCAGACCAAGAACUCCACCAGAUGCAAUCGACUUGAUCAGCCGACUUUUGGAAUACACCCCCACAGCCAGAUUGACAGCAGUUGAAGCAUUAUGCCAUCCAUUCUUUGAUGAACUAAGAACAGGAGAUAUGCGUAUGCCAAACGGAAGGGAGAUGCCAUUGUUGUUCAAUUGGACAAAAGAGGAACUCUCUGUGCGACCAGAUCUGAUUCACAGAUUGGUGCCCAAACAUGCUGAGGCUGAAUUGCUUUCCCGAGGUAUUGAUGUGAACAAUUUCACACCAAUUCCGGCGGAGAGUAUGCGUGUUUCUUUGGACUGA